AUGAAAAUAGAUAAGGCACUCUGUGAUCUAGGUGCAAGUGUGAGUCUGAUGCCUCUAUCAAUAUGUCAAAAGCUAGAUGUAGGAGAGCUCAAACGCAUAAUAAUUUCACUACAGUUGGUCGAUCGGUAUGUCAAGUACCUAGUGGGCAUCCUAGAAAACAUCCCUAUCAAGGUGAAAAAAUUCUUCAUCCCCAUUGAUUUUGCUAUCUUAGAAAUGGAAGAGGAUGUCCAAAUUCCUAUCAUCCUGAUAAGACCUUUCUUGGCAAUAGCCGGAGCUAUCAUAGAUGUUAAAAAUGGGUGUUUAACUCUUAAGGUAGGAGAUGAAGAAGUGGAAUUCAACCUAUUCAGAGCAGUAAAGCAUAAACUUGAACCUGAUGAAUGCUUAAGGGUUAACAUAACUGACAAGCUUGUUGAAGAGGAAUUGCUCAAAACACAUCCUGAAGAUCCUCUUGAAGCAUGCAUAGUGCAUAGCCACACAGCAGAUAAUGAAAACACAAAAAUUACAGCUUGUGCACAAUCUUUAGAAGCCAGCCUAUCCCUACCCUUAGCUCAAGCUCUCCAAGUGGAAGAUCUAAGGGAGGAGCAACCCAAAAGUAAGCCAUAG